AUGGGCGGCGCCGAAUCAAAAGAAGCCCACCGUCAACUCCGCAGCGCCUCGCUCAGCAGCGUCACCCUCCCCAGCUCACUGGAGCUCUGCUAUGACCCCUCAUGGAGCAAACUCAGGCUCCACCUCCUCAACAGCGCCUCCGAGCCCGUCUACACCGUAAACCUACCCGAAAGCUGGUGGGGGAGCCUCAUCUUGCAUGGCGGCCCUACCGUGGACCAUCCGCCGCUCGCAGCGGUCCGCAACACCGGCAAGUCGGGCAUGGGGAACCUCGUGACGCUGCCGCCGUUGGAGCCCGGCCAGGACGUGUUCGAGGAGAAGAUGUCGCGCCGGACAAAGGGCUGGAUGGACGCCUGGUCGUUUGCCGUGCCUGUGCCUGUGCCUGUGCCUGACCGGGCGGGGGAGACGCCGAAGACGACGACGACAACAACAACAACACGCGUUGAGAGGUUUGAGUGGGUGAGCUCACGGGGGAAAGAGGUCAAGGACUUGCAUGAAUGGGGUCAUGGAUGGAAACUGAGGCGCGUCGCAACCACUUACUAUCCCGAUGCACAUGUAGACAAAGGCUGGGACGAGGACAAGGACGACGGAGAUGCAGCGGCAUACGAGUACGAGACGCUGCAUGAGGACAAUGAGGUCCUGGCUGUGUGGGCAGAUGCAAAGGGCCUCAAAAAGGCCGCCAAGUUCAAGUUCGUCAAUAGCGGAGCGACCGGUGAGCUGGGGGAGGCGUGGGCUCUCAUGGCAGUGGUCUCGUUUGUGAGGAACCUGCUGGUGGUGUUCGCUGAUCCUUGGGGUGGUAUUCGUUUAGAGAAAUAUGGCACCAUCUCAAGCCACAAGCGUUUCAGGGACAACAUACAUAUUCCAAGGCAGACAGACUUCGUGUCUACCUACUACCUACGUGGUCAACCAAGGGGCCACCAAUACCGAGCCACUUCAUCUAUUUUCCUCAGCCUCGAGUCAUUCCACCCCGCGUUUUACUUGAAACUGCAUUCGCAUGAGCGCAUUGCAUUUGCCUAUGUCGCCGAGAUUUCUCUUCCUCAACCCUCCCGCCGAAUGGCUUCGCUUCGGCUCUCGUCAUAUUGCGUCGGCCUUGCGUCUCUCCUCCUCACAUCGACAUGCGUGCAGCCAGAACGGCAUGUUGACGUGUCAAUUACUCACGCUGAGCAUCAUUGUUCCCCACGCACACGAGGAGCUGUAAAGCUUGGGCAAGACGGCCCAUACGAGUUAGUUCCCGUGUUCCCGUCCCAGUUCAGGACGACACUUCCUACAUACGUAGACGCACUUUUGUCUCCCUCUGGCACGGCACGGCGCAGGGCUGAUGCGCCGCAAGCCGCAGGUCACACUCACCGGCUGCCCGUCUCGCCCGCCUCGACAUAUGCCAAGAGGAGCAUCAUUGGCUGCGGUUCGUCGACGCAUCACUAA